AUGAAGUUCGCCAAGCACCUCACGGCCCUUCUCAUUCCAGCCUACGCCGUCCUGGCCGCUACCGUGCCUGCGGCCGAAGUUGAAGCCGAAUCCGGCAACGCCGUACACAAGAUAAACCCGGCUCUGGUGCAGGUUGACGGACACGCCGGGGCCGAGGCCGUCCAGGCCCGGGGCUUUGGCGGGCGCGAAGAUGGGCGCGGAGACAGGCGGCGAGACAGGCCCAGGAAAGGCAGGCGCGACGGCUCCGAAGAGAAGGAGCUCAACAGUCGUGGCGAGGCCCACGGGGGCUUCGGAGGAGGCGGACUCAACGGCCGUGGUGGCGGCGGACACGGCGGCGGCGGCUUCGGAGGCGGCGGCGGUGGCGGGCACGGGUUUGGAGGAGGUGGUGGUCACGGGGGUGGCGGGCACGGUUUUGGGGGUGGCGGUGGUCACGGCCGCUCGGGGGACGAGGACUGCAUCGCGCAGGAUGGCACACUUCCGCCGCCACUGCGUCGUCAUUUGACAGCCGACAGCUCCCACGAUGGAGUGAUCGCUGUUCAAGAAGGAGAAGCUGCGCGAGCUGAGGGACUCGCUGCACGCGAGGCUGUCUUCCAUCGACACGCUCCUCACGGCAGCGCAUCACAUUACCCAGGUCAGUCGCGCGGUUCCAGCUCGCACAGUAACCUGGAUAGGACGGCGCUCGCCCUCGAUCCUGGUGUAAUCACCCACGUUCACAACCGUUGCCAGCCUCCCCUGAGCAGCCUUGGAACUCCCUGCCUCGCCCCGUUCCGCGCGCAAGAACUGCGAGCACAGGCAGAAGCGCAGCGGCCCUGGACAUCCACGGGGCCUCUCCCCGGUCCGCCGCAUCCCCCGGCCCCGCGCGACGCCAACGAUGCCCGAGCGACGCGGGCGGGCCCGAGGACCUGGCGCGUGUCAAGGUCAAGAUCGAGACCCGGGAGCAGGUUCAAAGCCGAGAAGCAGGUGGCCGAGGCUGCACAGAAAGAGCAGGAAGAGCCAAAGAGAGAGAAGUACGUCGAGGAAGGGACGCGCUGCUGGCCGGGGCGAACAGGAAGGAGGAGAGGCGAAGGCGCCCAUCAAGCUCAAAGACGCCAUCAAGGAGGGAGGUCGGCUACCCCCUCUCGCUGGUGCCAAACGUGGCAGGAUAUGGAGGGAUUCAUCAAGCAGGCUUUUUGUUCGCACGUCAAGAGUAUUGGCCCGGCCGUGAUGCAGGGACACCACGACAUCGUCGGCCCCAACGGCGAGAUUGUCCUCCUAGCCCUCAGGGAGAAGGUCGUGCGGCCGAGGCAAGUUGCUUGCAAAGGGCAAGUGGCAGAGGAGCAAGAAGAAGGUCAGGACGUACAUUUCCUCUGGAAGCGGCUCGUCCUCCAUAGUGUCCCUAGCGUUGUUUGUCGUCCUGGCCUGCGCCCUGUAAACGCCAUGGAGAAUUUUGAGACACAUCUGAAGGAGCGCUCUGCGUCUUGGGAGGCGUGCAACAGCAAAGAUGAGCAGGUCAACGCCAUAGUUGAGACCCUGUUUACCGAUAUCAAGAUGCUCAACGACACUCUGGAGCAGGCGAAGAGCGCGCUCAGGGAGCAGAGCUCGCUCACGCUCACCUAUCGCUACGAGCUGGAGAGAGUGAAGGAGGGCUUCAACGAGUGUCUGGCCCGACCGGAGCCUGACCCCUACGUCAAGAUUCUCGUGGACGGAAACCACCUGCUGUUCAAAGACCACUUCAUCAAGGGCGGGUUCGUCGGUGGACGCAACGCGGUGCGCAGCCUCGUCGCGGCCGUCGAGCAGCUGAUGGACUCGCCGGCCGAGCGGGGCGACGGGCCGCGCCCAAAGGUCGAGGUGCGGGUGUGCGCCAACCUCAAGGGCCUCUCGAAGCUCUACAAGGAGGCGGGCGUCGCCGACCUCACCCCGGAGCGGGUCGAGUGGUUCGUCGCCGGCUUCAAGGGCGCGGGCUGGCCGUCGUGCGUCUUCCUCGACGCCGACGAGAUGCUGGACCCGGCGCUCAUCGGCGAGCGCUUCGCGGCCGAGCUCGUCUUCACCCUCGACCAGCACCGCCACUGCCGCCGCGUCUUCUUCGGCGGGGUCAUCGGCGCCGACGGGUGCAUGAGGCGCCACCUGGGAGAAUGCGCCCGCACCCCCGAGUGGGAACGUCGGCGCAUCGCGCUGGUCCGGGGCCCGCCGGUCGCGCCAUGGCUGGCGGCGCUGCCCGAGGACUCGUUCCGGGUGGUGGCCUUGGACGACGUCUUUCGCCAGCCCAGCCUACGGAGCCGGAGCAAAGUUGAACAUUUCGAACCCCGCGAUGCCCAUCAUGUUGUUCCCCCGGCGCCAUGGCACCCCGCGGCGCAGUUCUCCACCGACCCGGCCGCGGUUCCGGCCCAGCGCGCGUAG